CAGACGCCCUUAUCCAGGGCGAUUUACAGUCGUUAGCGUGUUUCUGUGCUUGUAACACCCGCUCCAAUCAGAACACGAGCUGUAACUUGAUAAUUCUGAAUUAAUAUGUAUUAGUGUUUCCGGGAGGCGUGCCCACGAACGCACCUGUCAUGACCGCUCACGUCGGCUUUUUCUAUUGGCUGCAAGAUCCAAAGCGGCGAAUUCAAAUGUAGCACAGGGACCUGCAGACAUCCAUUCAUACAGUACAUCAUCAGAGAAGAGGUUGUGGAGGCGGCUGCUUGUGCGGUUUAUAACAGAAGAGUACUCAGGAAGUGUGCUGAAAAUUCCUGUCUCCAGGCUAUGAAAAGGCUGCUAUUCCUACAAGUUUACCUGCAUAUCUGUGUUGCAGUUACAGUGCCCCGGUCUCCAGUGACGUCACCUCCCGGCAGUGAUGUCACUCUCGACUGCUCUUUCUCCUAUAAAGAGGGGGCUGAUCUCACCAGAGUGGUGGUUACCUGGCAACGCCGUGACUAUCGGGUGGUCCACAGUUUCUAUUACGGUCAGGACCAGCUGGCUCUGCAGAAUGAAACCUACAGGAGUCGGACCCAGCUGUUCCCAGAGCAGCUCAGUGUGGGGAACGCCUCCCUCAGACUGAAACAGGUGCGGGGGGAGGAUGAGGGCUGGUACACCUGCGCUGUCACCAACCAAGUGGAGAGCACCCAGGGAGACGUGCGACUCAUAGUGGCAGCUGAAUUCAGCGAGCCUCAGCUGGUCGUUACUGACCGUCCGGACAGUCCAGACAAGGCUCUCCUGAGCUGCAUCUCCACAGGAUACCCCAGCGCUUCAGUGCAGUGGCUGAAUGAGACAGGAUGUGACAUCACAGAGAGCAGCAAGACUAGCCAAUCCCUGGCCAGGGAUGGGCUGCUGGAAAUCACAAGUCACAUUCUAGUGUCCAGGGAUGCUAAUUAUACCUGUGUUCUUACCCACAGCCGACUGAACCAAACCCUCAUGAAGACGAUCACCUUAACAAAGAAGGGUUAUCCGGACAGGCAUCGCAUUGUUUUGUGGGUUGUCUUGACAGUGGUAGGGGUAGCAACAGUGAUCAUUGCAAUCUGCCUGCUUUUCAAGCGCCACUGUAAUGCCAGCACUUAAACAGAGCCAAUAGAACAACAGAACAUGCCCUGUCCAAUUUAACGGGUUCCAGGGGUCCAUCAGACGUGUAAAAGUAUCACAUCUCAGGGAGUUGUUCUCGUACAUUGCAGUUGCUUUAUUAGCAUCAGGGCAUUAUAAAUGAUUCAUGUCGGGUACAUCAGUGUGUCUAAAACACCAAAGCAUGGUACUGCACUUAUACUGUACAAAGACAAUCUGUGAACAUGAUUGCAAACGAGCACUGCACUGUAAUACAGCAUUUUGCAAUUUACUAAACAGUAUUCCAAAAUCGCUGCUUGCCCUACUUUCUAAGUAUACCACAAUUCGAAGACGACCACCAACAUUGCUAUGGGAUAAAAUAGUCUGCUAAGAAAAUAAUAAUAAUAAUAAUAAUAAUAAUAAUAAUACAUAUUUGGCGCCAAUCCAGCGUAGCGGGCAAAGUGAUUGUUCAAUCAACCUCGAUUGAACAUGUGUUUUUUUAUAGGCCAUUGCUGCACUAUCUGCUGCCAUCACAGUUCCACUUUAAGUUGUUUUCAACGACAAGAGUUUUGAAUAAUUCCCAAAUUUUCCACGAGAUCCAAUAUGGCGGUCGAACCAUGUGACUUUUUCAUUCGGGGACGCCAGUCUGGUUGUCCAGCCAUAGGCAUCUACUUAGGUAAGCGUUUUCAUAACUCUGCGAUGUUUGUGCGGAAAAAAAAAAAUAAUAAUAAUAAUAAUAAUAACAAUAAUAAUAAUAAUAAUAAUAAUAAUAAUAGGCUUCCCAGCCUUUGGCUUGGAAGCCUAAUAAUAUGCCUGCCUAUUGGGAUCUUUAUAUAAGAGCUGCCGAUAGGCCCCUUCCUGGGAUGACGCACUCGGUCCCGCCCAGUGGCCGCGGUACUCCCUCCCCCGCGCUCCUGCGUGGGGCAGGUCUAACCACUGACAAGCUCCUCCGAUGUGGACUGCCACCAGGACAGUACCGGUUUCCACGGCUCCAGAUUUAAACAUUUUAUAUUAUUUUACUAUGCCAAAUAACUAGUACGUUUCUUUUUUUAUAAAGACAAUCAGAAUUUAAAAAAAAAACCACACACACACUAAAGUUGUACACUCUCAAUGUUAUACUACAACAGUAUUAAGAUCUAUUAUUUGCUCAAAAUGACGUGGUGCUGUAGUCUGUUAAAUCAUUUUAACGUAUACAAUAACAUAAAUACAUACAUUAAAUAAAUAAAUAAAUAAAUAAUACUAAGCAAUAAGACCGAUAAUUGGAAAUGAUCGCUCUUAUUGCUUAAAACACAAACAUGUACCACAGGUUAUUAUUUAAGAGCAGAGAUUAGUUGUUUAUUGUUUCAACCGGAUAAAUAAAAUACGUAUAGCAAAAAAGAAUUUAUUUUAAUACUAAAGCAUGUUAUUGGAUUUAUAGCUAGAUGUCGACUGCACAAGUAAGCUUUGAUGAUUAUUACACGUGGAGUUUGUAAAAAAAAAAAAAAGAUUUCUUCCCUUACCUAAGAAAAUUGGAAUACUGUUAGAACUUGUUUAAACAAAGCUACGUUGAUAAUAAGCAGGCUAUCCUGCUGCAGUCGUGGGACUCUGCUAGGUUUAACUGCGCUGCACAGAACCGCGGAGAUGCGCUGUAGACGUCGCUCAACACCCACAGAAAUCUGUGCGGAUUCUGCAUAGCCCAGCGCAGCUUUGAAAGGUUGCUGCGGGAAGCUGGCUGCGGCUGUGAACCAAAGGGACGAUGCAGAGAUCAUGAGGGACCUGUUCAUCGUAAUGCAAAUAACCACUAAAACUACUGCUGCCACCUUGUUAGCGGAGGCGAACGACGUUUUAUCAUUAUACAAUGAAGCCGUGAACAGCCUUGUCAACGUUAUAUUAAAUCAAUCAAUUAUUUAAACUAACAUAAUGUAUUAAAUCCGUGAUAAGUGGUGUAUAAUUUUACAAUAAAGUUAAUGUUAAUCAAUUACAUUAAACUGACUGUUGAUAAUCCAGACAGAAUAUAGCACGUUUAAAAUGUGUGCUGCGCUGCAAGGUUUGGAGAAGGCCUUUCUCUAAAAGCUGCGUGUGGCGUCAGAAAGACACCAGCCAAGAGCAGCCGGCUCUGGGGAACAGAACAGAGCGAUUGAAACGUGUAUUCUGUGUCGUUGACAGUUUCAAAAACAUUAUCAAAAUACAGUAUCCGUUCACAAAAAGAUCUUCCUCAGACACUUUGCUAAGGCUGCAAGUACCAUCGCUUGAUUUAGAAGAAGCGUGUUUGCAGUUGAAAAACUGCGUUAACCGGUGUAUAAAGGAAUUACGAUAAUUGCGGUGCAGAAUAAAUGAAAGGAACGGUAUUAAUACCAUAAUGUACCUAAACCGCGGUAAACCGAAAAGCCGGUAUACCGACCCAUCCCUAUAACGCAGUAUAGUGAAUAAUAGAGAAAAAUUGGGUAUAAAUCAGUAAAAAACGACGUCCAGUUAAAAAAAAAAAAAAAAAAUCUGUAAUUUUUAGUUAAAUUCGGAAGAUCUGGCCAAAGCGCUGGGUCAUUAGAUAACAUGCUGCCAUUUGCGGUGCUAGCCGCUGCAUGAUGCGAGAGACAGGGCCUUCCUAGGUUUCCACGUCAUCUGCAGGUGUUUCAGCUCGUGGUCCAGUAACAUCUUUAGCUGCAGCCGACGAUGUACUACAGCUAGCAUCUUCUUAUCGCCUGCCGCUUGCUGUGGUGCAAAGAAUGAUGUUAGAUUAGGUAAAGUUGCCAUACGCUUUGCUUUAUCAGGUGAGUGUUUUUGCUUGCGCCGCUUCGUGUUUCUUUUUCACGCUCCCACACCUUGGUAAUUAAAGAACAAGCAACGGUCCGCGCUACAAGGUGGGUUACUCUACUCCUUAUGUAUGGGGGUUGUUUUUUAGACUACAAUUAAAUGCACUAUGAAAUUGAAUAGGCCUGUUACACAAAUAAUCAAAUCAUUUAACCGGUCUAGGUAAUCGCGUGUAAAAAUAAGUUCUACCUUCUUUUUAAUUGUGUUUGUAUUUGUUAAUACGUAACCCCCCC